GACGAUGUCCCUCUAACACAAGCGUUCACAUCUUUUGAAGACUUACUCACACAUCUCUAUUACAAAGCUACUUUCCUCUUCCCCUCUCUUUUAGCACAGCCCUUAUUGCAAUUUAACUUAUUGCGUUGCACUUUUCUCCCUCAAUCAUCCGUUGCCCACUCCGAGCUCCUGGAUUCACUGCUUCGUUCAGCGUGUACAUCGGCUUUUUGUGCGAUCCUGUCUUCCCGCUGCAUUUCUUCGCAUCGCCCGCUCUCGAAAACCAAAAGUCGCCAAUAUGUUCGCCGUAGAGAAGCUCCAACAACAAAGUCAGGCGGUGGCCCCGCAUGAGAAUCAGGCAAGUCGCAACUCGCCAAACAGGCCCUUCAUUCGCGAUGCCCCGACGGUGCGUCCGCAUUUGGCGCUGCCGAUCCACACGCCCGACUCCUCGUUCCCCGUUCGUGUUGCCUGCCACCGCGGUGACUGGCGCAACUACGUCGAGAACACGCUGGAGGCGGUGGAGAGCUGCAUCCAGAUGGGGGCUGACAUCGUUGAGGUAGACGUCUGGCGCACCAAGGACGGCGCGCUCAUCCUCAUGCACGACGAGACGCUGGAGCGGUGCACGAGCGGCCACGGAAAGAUCUGCGACCACACACUGGCCGAGAUCCGCGAGCUACGCAUGAAGGAUGGUCUAGGCAACAUGACCGAGUUUACGGUGCCGACCGCGGAAGAGGUGCUGCUCCUCGCGAAGGAUCGCGUGGUUGUGAACCUCGACAAGGCAGACUUGUACCUGGACGAGGCGUACCAACUGCUGGUCAAGACGGGCAUGGUGGCGCAGACGAUUCUCAAGUCGGACAUCCCGUACGAUAACCUGUGCAAGCGGUACGGCGAGGAGCUGCUGAACAAGGUGAUCUUUAUGCCCAUCGUGAACGUCACGGACGCGACCACCUAUGAAGAGGUGGAGCACAUCUUCGCACCCCACCACGACCUGUACGAGAUCAACUUUGAGAAGGAGAACGUGGCGAUUUUGCAAUACAUCCGAAAGCUGGCAAAAGCCACGGGGGCGGUGCUGUGGAUCAACACGAUUUGGCCGACCACCUGCGGUGGCCACAGCGACGACCACGCACUGCGCAACAAGGAAGACAACUGGGGCUACGUCGCAGAUCACAUCGGCGCAGGUAUCAUGCAGACAGACCGACCGGCCAUGCUGCUUGAGUACCUUAAGAACCGCGGUUCUCGUUAA